GUCCCGAAGACUUGAGAACUAAGAAUUGAAGAGGCUGGUUAUCCUGUGGUGAAGGUGUGGUGUACUGAUGAGAGGAUAGAUAUUCCCAUCAAGAGGGCCGGAGACGAGGUAUUUUAUAAUCGAUCUGGUCGUCAAUGACCUGAUAUUUUCUCACUCGGCUAGCUUCUCAUUUCGUUCGUCGUUGUUAUCAUCGAGUCCAAAUUCCGUCCUCGUCACUCACGUUGCCUGCCCACCUUGGCGCUAAAGCAACAAUGAAUUCCCCAACGUGGGGUUCACAUUGAUGCCCUGCUGACCGUGUCCAGCUUGUGAGGCUAUAGAUGAAUUCCCUGCAAAAAUCCUUAACAGCUCGCUUCAAAAAUCAACAUCGCGAGUCAACCGCUGGGCCCAUAUGUGGGCACCAAAAGUCAAGCAUGAUGACCAAGGUGGUCUAGGGAGGGCGAAAGUCUCAGCCCGAGCGCCUUCCACAGCUCUCGAUACCAAACGCGGCCGAUCGACGACCCGUUAUCCUUCCACAGCGUUGCCUCUUCUGGCUAUCAAAACUGAGACAUUCGUCGUCUUCCGGCAGGGGAUCGUGGCAUCUUUCCCCUUGCUUUCUCAUUUGCGCCUCUCAUCUGCGAACGGCCGUCAGAAGCUUCCCGAGUAUCACAAUUUACGUUCAACUACCUACUGCAUACUCUCCAUACAGAAGGUCGCAAAUCUUCAUGUCCACUCAUACCUACUGCCGGGACAGCACGGACGAAGGGCUGCUGAUGUUUGCGGGGAUGACGGAUUGCGGUCAGAGCUAGUGCACUCUGAGCCAGCCGUUACCCCUACUGCCGAUCACCGGUUUGAAGUGUAUACCACACGUCUCUCGGGUUAUGUGAUGCCGCGGCAAUGCCUAGCAAUAUCCGGCAGCGUCGAUAAGGCUGUUCCAAGAUCGUCAGGAGAUGAUCAAUGGCCCUUAUAUUUUCCGGAAGCCAUUCUGGCGUGAAGGCUUCAAGCCUCUUACCGCGUUGCUUGUGUCCGACUCUCCUUCCCCUUUGCUACUGCAUUCUCUGUUUGCGUCUUUCGUCAAGGGUCGCUUCAAAGGCAGUUAUGACGAGGCGG